AUGCUGCUCGUCCACCAAGCCGGCAGCGUCAAAGUCGGCGAGAUCGUGCGCUACACCCUCACCUACACCCCGAGCAACGACCGCAUCCUGCCCACACCCCACCACCUGCACGUGAAGAUUAAGAAUACCUCGGCCAUCCCAUUACGAGCGGCAUGGCUUCGUGGGCCGUAUGUCUUACAUGUCGCCGCCUACCCGUCGACCUUUAACCCGCACAAGAAGGUGGAGGAGCCGGAACGUUAUGGCGUGCCGGAGUACGAACCCAUGCUCAAGGCGGGCGGGAGCUGGCUGACUAAGUUGACGGUGCCGGAGGAGAUACGGGAGACGGGGGCGGAUUUGGGGAUGCGGCGGAUCAGCUCGGAGCAGCGGAGUGGAGGGGGAGGUCAGGACAAGGAGAAGAGUAUGACGUGGAUUGUUGAGGUCACGUCACAGAUCCUGUUUAGCAAUUCCGCUUCCGUCCAUUUCGAGGUGCUGGUGGGGAGGGAUGAGAGGAGUCUGGAGCUUGGGUUUGCUGCGGUGGCGGGGCAUGGACAUGGUGCUCCGGGACAGAUUAAAGAACAGCAGUCUUCUGAGCCGGAGCGUAAGAGGGCAAGACGGCAAGGGAAUGUGAUGACGGCGGGGGUGUACUCCAAGGCUGUGAGGUUAGUGGCAGAGGAUGUGGAGACCUUGUGGGACAAGCCUGCUUUGCCGACCUGGGACGAACAGCCGGAACAUGAUCGGGGAACGAGGAAAGAGGAGAAGUCGAAGCCCGAGCAGCCGAAGAAGAAGAGGAAGAAUGUCCAUCUGGUUGUGGUGACGCAUGGUCUACAUAGCAAUGUUGGAGCCGACAUGCUGUUCUUGAAAGAGAGUAUCGAUGCCACAGUCAAGCAAGCCCGCCUAGACGCCAAGGAGCGCAAAGCCGCAUAUCGCAAGCAAGAGAAAGAGCGGAAAGGUGAGUCCACCACCGAAGACUCAGCUCCUUCCGACCAAAACAAAGAAGAAACAUCCACAGCCCCCCUCUCCGGCGGCCAAGAAGACAUAUCCGGCGCCGACGAAGGCGACGACGAAGAAGAAACCAUCGUCCGCGGCUUCACCGGCAACGCCGUCCGCACCGAAAACGGGAUCCAAUACCUGGGAAAGCGACUGGCCAAGUACAUCCUCCGCUUCACCUACCCAGACCAACCUUUCCUCCCGGUCAAGAAACCCUUAUCCAAAACCUUCAGCGACCCCUUUCGCACCGACGCCGACAAAGCCAGGCGUGAUGGUCCGCCGUCGCAUGUGGGUAGUAGCGUGCACCACCCCACAAAAGGCCAAUCUCAAGCCCAGAGAGCAGAAGACCUCCCCUAUAAAUUCACCAGCAUCUCCUUCCUCGGCCACAGUCUCGGCGGCCUCAUCCAGACGUACGCUAUAGCCUACAUCCACAAGCACAGCCCGACCUUUUUCCAACAAAUCCAGCCGGUGAAUUUUAUUUGUCUGGCUUCCCCGAUGUUGGGUCUGAGCAAUGAGAAUCCACUGUAUGUUAAAUUUGCGCUGGAUUUCGGGCUCGUGGGACGCACGGGCCAGGACUUGGGGUUGAGUUGGCGGCCUAACACCCUAGCGAGAGGAGGAUGGAAUGCUGUGAUUGGGGGUUUAGGUGGUGGUAGUAGUACUCAUAGCGGUAGUGGAGCCAAGGAUGGGGAAAAGGGACAAGCCGAAGACCCCGCCGCGAAACCCCUCCUCCGCAUCUUGCCCACGGGCCCAGCGCAUCAGGUUUUAAGAAUGUUCCGCAACCGGACGGUUUAUUCGAAUGUGGUGAAUGAUGGGAUCGUGCCGCUGCGGACGAGCUGUUUGUUGUUUUUGGAUUGGAGGGGGUUGGGCAAGGUGGAGAAGGCGAGGCGGGAGAAUGGGUUGAUUGGGACGGUGGCGGAGUGGGGGUGGGCGGAGCUUACGGGGGCGAAUGCGGGGGCCGUGAGGAGGAAUGUUGAUGUUGGUGGGGUUGCUCAAGGGGUUGGGGUCGGGGGUGUUUAUGGGGGUGGGAUGGGCGUUGGGGGGGAGGAGGAUGAAAUGGAUGAUGAGGAUUUCAGGCGGGGGGAGGGGGAUGCGGUUCCUUUACCUGCGGAGAAUGAGGUGGCGGAGGACAAUAAGCGGGGGAAUCAGAGGAUGAGUUAUGAUGGGGAUAAUGAGGGGGAGUCGGUGCCGCCACAACGGCACGCGAAUGGUUCCGUUGGACACAGACCUCCUCAGACGCAAGAGAAGGGUAUGUUCGACACCUUCCUCGACUUCUUCAAACCCAACGCCUCCGACCCCUCCACCGCGAAAACGCCCCCGUCCAUGUCGAAGAAGACGCGCAAAACCCUCUCUCGUGCCCAGACUAUGCGGUCAGGCGAGGACGAACUUCCAGAGGAGGUGGCACAAGGUGUAGAGGGCACGACGACCAACAACCCCACCAUGCGGCCCUCCCUAACACACCACCACACCGGCCAAUCGCAGUCGCAGUCACACAAACGGCCCAAAGCCACGCGCGGCGACACCCUUCUCAACACCGAAACGGGGGAAUUACAAGCCCCGCCUAAAACCUCCAUCUUCGAGUCCGCGGGCGAUAUCCUGCACCCGCCGUUGCCGAGUGGCCAGUGGAUCACGGAUCCCACGAGUCGUUCGAGGACGAUUUUCCACGAUCGCGUUUAUCAUCCCGAAGACAUCCCGCCACCUCCGAUCAAACGGCCAGGGUCGAGACUCACGAGAUCUUUUUCCAGCGGCGACACGAGCGUCAAGACUUUGGGAAGUCAUGCCUCGAACGCCUCGCUCAAUUCCCAGGACUCCAGCACCACCACGACGACGACAGAAGCAGGCGCGAUGAAAGUCGAGGAGAAAAUCGCCCGGGCGUACCAUAAAGAUUUAUCCUGGAGGAAAGUUCUGGUGAGGUUAGAACCGGACGCGCACAACAACAUGAUCGUGCGCCGGAUGUUCGCGAACGCGUACGGAUGGCCCGUGGUGAAACAUCUCUGCGAUACGCAUUUCGGUGAUAACUAUUCCGCUCGCACACGAGACGAAGAUGAGCCGGCGCGGGAGCGGGCGCGGCCGUUGGAGGAGCCGCUUGAUGAUGGCGGGGAGCAGGUUCGCGAUCAGACGGCCCGGACGCCGCCGGAGAGGUCGAGGAGUGAGAUGAGGGAGGCGAGGGAUGAGCUUGUGGGGUUGGAGGUUCCGAGGGGGGGGAUGAGGGGGAGUAAUAGUUCUAAGGGGCCGGGCGGCGGGGUGAGGGGAAGGCCACAGGUUAUCAGAGAGGACAGUAUGGGGUCGGUUGGGGCGGGGGUUGCUUGGGAUGAGGCGGUUUGGGGCGAGGAGGAGGAUGAUGAUACGGAUGUGGAUGAGAGGACGUUGGUGCAGCGGUUGAUUAAUCCCCAGGUGGCGGCUGCGAGGGUGCAGGCGCCGGAGAAGGCGCAUGUAAGUCCUGAGGGUGAGGGGCGGAGUCAGAGCGGUGUGCAUGGUUCGUCUAGCACGAGUAGGGUGGCGUACACGGAUGGGCAUCGGGGGUUAGCGCCUACUUCUCCCAUUAUUUCGAGGACGCCUGGGUCUGGGGCUGGGUCUGUGAAGAGUCCGGCUGGUGCGGUUGUGAGGACGAGUUUGGAUGCUGGGAAUGCGAAUGCUGAGGGCCCGAUUACGCCGGUGGUUGAUGAUCAUCUAGUGGAAGAGCCGCAGGGGAUGAGUGAGGGGAGCCCGGGUAGUGCGGCUGUUCUGGGUUUGAGGAAGAGUGUGGAGGAACAGGUUGGGUCGGUGUCGAAGACGUAA